GCCCUACGUCAACAGCGCUGGCCCGGCGGCCUGGCUUUACCCCUACGCAGCUGACGUAACGUCGUCUUGCGGGACGUGGACGGAAGAAAAAAGAGUAAGCCGGCGCCAAAAUCGUCCCCGCGUGGACUGCUGGCUGGGGAGUGAGGCCGGGCGCGGCAGCAGGGGGUCAGGUACUUUGAUCAGUGACCGCAUUACAACAUGUUGAGUCAAGUCUGCUGCUCUGGCUUCCAGCUCCUCAGGCACCGUCUGCUGCCCUGGGCCCAGCCCACAGCUCCCUCCAGACUGCGUACAGAUCGUGUCCAGCCUUCAGCCAUCAGAAAUGUCCGUUCCUGGAGCAACAUCCCCUUCAUCACUGUGCCCCUCAGCCGCACACACGGCAAGCCCUUUGCCCACCGCAGUGAGCUGAAACAUGCCAAGAGAAUCGUGGUGAAACUUGGGAGUGCCGUGGUGACCCGAGGUGAUGAAUGUGGCCUGGCACUGGGGCGCCUGGCAUCUAUUGUUGAGCAGGUGUCAGUGCUACAGAAUCAAGGCCGAGAGAUGAUGCUGGUAACCAGUGGAGCUGUAGCUUUUGGCAAGCAGCGCUUGCGCCACGAGAUCCUUCUGUCCCAGAGCGUGCGGCAGGCCCUGCACUCAGGGCAGAACCAGCUGAAAGAGAUGGCAAUUCCUGUCUUAGAAGCCCGAGCCUGUGCAGCCGCAGGACAGAGUGGACUGAUGGCCCUGUAUGAAGCCAUGUUUACCCAGUACAGCAUCUGUGCUGCCCAGAUUUUGGUGACCAAUUUGGAUUUCCAUGAUGAACAGAAGCGCCGGAACCUCAAUGGGACACUUCAUGAGCUCCUCCGAAUGAACAUCGUCCCCAUUGUCAACACAAAUGAUGCUGUUGUCCCUCCAGCUGAGCCCAAUAGUGAUCUCCAGGGGGUAAAUGUUAUUAGUGUUAAAGAUAAUGAUAGCCUGGCUGCCCGACUGGCUGUGGAAAUGAAAACGGACCUCUUGAUUAUUCUUUCAGAUGUAGAAGGCCUCUUUGACAGCCCCCCAGGGUCAGACGAUGCAAAGCUCAUUGAUAUAUUCUAUCCCGGAGAUCAGCAGUCUGUGACAUUCGGAACCAAGUCGAGAGUGGGCAUGGGGGGCAUGGAAGCCAAGGUGAAAGCGGCCCUCUGGGCUUUGCAAGGUGGCACUUCGGUGGUUAUUGCCAAUGGAACUCACCCUAAAGUGUCGGGGCACGUCAUCACGGACAUCGUAGAGGGAAAGAAAGUUGGCACCUUCUUUUCUGAAGUAAAGCCUGCAGGCCCUACGGUGGAGCAGCAGGGAGAAAUGGCCCGAUCGGGAGGAAGGACGUUGGCCACUUUGGAACCAGAGCAGAGAGCGGAGAUUAUCCAUCAUCUGGCUGAUCUGUUGACCGACCAGCGAGAUGAGAUCCUGUUAGCCAACAAAAAAGACUUGGAGGAGGCAGAGGGGAGACUGGCAGCUCCCCUGCUGAAACGUCUGAGCCUCUCCACGUCUAAACUGAACAGCCUGGCCAUCGGUCUGCGGCAGAUUGCCGCCUCCUCACAGGACAGUGUGGGGCGCGUUUUGCGCCGGACCCGGAUUGCCAAAAACUUGGAACUAGAACAAGUGACUGUCCCAAUCGGAGUUCUGCUGGUCAUCUUUGAGUCUCGCCCUGACUGUCUACCUCAGGUGGCAGCCUUGGCUAUUGCAAGUGGUAAUGGCUUGUUACUCAAAGGAGGGAAGGAGGCUGCACACAGCAACCGGAUUCUUCACCUGCUGACCCAGGAGGCCCUCUCAAUCCAUGGCGUCAAGGAGGCAGUACAGCUGGUGAACACCAGAGAAGAGGUGGAAGAUCUUUGCCGACUAGACAAAAUCAUAGAUCUGAUCAUCCCACGUGGCUCUUCCCAGCUGGUCAGAGACAUCCAGAAAGCCUCAAAGGGGAUCCCGGUGAUGGGGCACAGUGAAGGGAUCUGCCACAUGUAUGUGGAUUCCGAGGCCAGUGUCGAUAAAGCAUCCAGACUAGUCAGAGACUCUAAAUGUGAAUAUCCAGCUGCCUGUAACGCUUUGGAGACCCUUCUAAUCCACCGAGACCUGCUGAGAACACCGCUGUUUGACCAGAUCAUUGACAUGCUGAGAGUGGAGCAGGUGAAAAUUCACGCGGGCCCCAAGUUCGCCUCCUAUCUGACCUUCAGCCCCUCUGAGGUGAAGUCCCUCCGGACUGAGUACGGGGACCUGGAAUUGUGCAUUGAAGUGGUGGACAGCGUCCAGGAUGCCAUCGACCACAUCCACAAGUACGGCAGCUCCCACACGGACGUCAUCGUCACAGAGAACGAGAAAACAGCAGAGUUCUUUCUCCAGCACAUAGAUAGCGCCUGUGUAUUCUGGAACGCCAGCACUCGCUUCUCUGAUGGCUACCGCUUCGGACUGGGAGCUGAGGUGGGAAUCAGCACCUCGAGAAUCCACGCACGGGGACCAGUAGGACUUGAGGGACUGCUGACUACUAAGUGGCUGCUGCGAGGGCAGGACCACGUGGUCUCAGACUUCUCAGAGCAUGGAAGUUUAAAAUACCUUCACGAGAACCUCCCUGUUCCUCAGAGAAACACCAACUGAAAGCACUCGGAGAAGAGCCAGAACGUUCCAGAACAUCUUCACAGUCAGACUUGUCUUAAGAAUCUCAGGGGAUGAGCCCGGUAUUGUCUCCCGCAUCCUGGAAGGGUCUUCCUGGUGGAAGGAGCACCGGGGCUUCUGGGCUCAGUUUGGCAACAUCAGUCUUGGCUAAUGACCUGUGAUCCAGCUCACUGCUUUCUUUUUUCCUUCUCAUUUUUUAAGUUAAGAAAUAAUUGUUAUGGCUAGGGACUUAGCUAACUGCUCCAGGCAGGGACUUUGCUUGGUACGGUCCAAUUUUCUGCAGUAACAGAAACAGAAUGGUGUGGUUUCCCCACAUAAGAGGCGACAGAAAAACCAGGACCACUUCUCACCUUAUCGCCUCAGUGAGGUACGGUCUCCCUUGGCAUUUGCCUGCAUGAGAGCCGGCCACACCCAGGGAGUCUUUCCACAUUCCAUUUCCUUUACACUCGCAGUCCUCUCUGGAAAGGAAAGGUUUGGAACUUAGAAGAGGGUCAGCCCUUUUAGCAUUCGAAUCAAAAACAAUCACAAAAAUGGACCUAACCCAUUCCACUGGGAAGGUUAAUCUUCUGUAUUUAUCUGCGGAGCAAAUGUAAAUAAGCAUUCCAGACACUGGCAGCCUCUCCGGGGCCUGGAGGCUUCCCAUGAUGCUUCGGAACCGGAGCUGCAGACAGGAGUUGCGCAUUUCAGGAUGAAGUAUCUACAACAAUUAUGCUUGAAAUUUUUAUAUGAAUUAUUAUAUCAUCCUUUUCUUUCCCUCCAAAAUAAAAUUAGAGGAUUAUUUUAGUACUUUGGAUUCUUCCCUCGUUUUGAGAAAUAAAGUUCUUAUGAAAAGCC